CCCCUGCCCUCCCAGCCGGUCCCCGGCCUCGCCCGACCCCCCGCGCUCCCGUCCGGCGCCGCCGCCCGCGCCGACGUGGCGGAGCGCACAGGUUGCGGUCAGGUGGUCGGUGACGCCCGGGACCGGCUCUCGGGAGGGCGGCGCCGACGCCCGGGGUGGGUAGUGCGCGGGCGGAGCGCGGAGCAGCGCGGAGCAGCGCGGGGGAGCGCGGCGGGCGGAGCGCCGAGAGCGAGGCGGCUCAGACAUGGACCGCGGCGAGCAAGGACUGCCGAAGACAGAGCCAGUGGCUGAGGAGGGGCAGGAUGCUGUGGCCAUGCUCAGUGACCCAGAGACCAUGACAGAGGAGGAGAAGGACGAGCUGAAGCAAGAACUUAGUAAGGUGGAAGAAGAAAUCCAGACUCUGUCUCAAGUGCUGGAAGCGAAGCAGAAGGAUCUCGCAGAGAUCAAGCGGAAGCUCGGGAUUACUUCGCUCCAGGAAUUAAAGCAGAAUAUUGCCAGGAGCUGGCAGGACAUGACCACGACCACUGCGUACAAGAGGACAUCUGAAUCCUUCUCUCAGGCUGGACAGAAGGCUUCAGCUGCAUUUUCAUCAGUUGGCGCAGCCAUCACCAAAAAGCUGGAAGAUGUUAAAUUGCAAGCUUUUUCACAUUCCUUUAGUAUACGCUCCAUUCAGCAUUCGGUUAGCAUGCCUGCCAUGAGAAACUCUCCAACUUUCAAGUCACUUGAAGAAAAAGUUGAAAACUUAAAGUAUAAGGUAGGAGGAACCAAGACUGCUGGCGCAGAUUUUGGAGAAGUUCUGAAUUCCGCAGCAAAGGCUACUCACGCCACAGACAUGGAGCCUCCUCCGGAACAGACACAGGAGAGUCCCUGAGAUGCCGACCUCUGUUCUGCUGCCCACUGCCAGGUGCUGCACGUGAGAUCCAAGCACAUCUCGUCAGCGUUCAUGGCCGCAGAUUCCAGAGUGCUUUUGUUUAGCUUUACUUACUUCUUUGUGAAUUAAACAAAGUGAAACCAACUUCACCUCCACUCCAUGGAAACACUCUUUAGUGUACACAGAGGGCCCUUUAUAUAGGGCCUCCAUCACAGAGCCCCCAUAGUCCCAAGGCGCUCACCAGAAUGACAGGAAGCUGCAGGUGGCCACUGGGUUUCUGCUUCACAAAAUCAUUCAACAUCUGGGAUUCUGGUUUGAUUCUUCUUUUCUAUAUGUGUCGUUGUUUUUUCCUUUUUGAGUCUCUGUACACUUGAUUUGAACUAAAAUUGUUCUUUUCUAAAUUCUGGUUAUUAAAGUUUUGGAAUUAUUUUAUUACUUUCAAAGGAGAAACAACCAGCAAAAUUUUUUGUUCUUAUAUGUGUGAGAAUCAUAUCUUGGGUUUCCAAAGACUUCAGUCUCAAGUAGACAGGUGUGUGUAUUUCAGUAGUUCUGUAAGUUAAAAACAUGCAGAAACUCAAACUUGCAGUGGCAUGAUUGUGGGGUCCCCUCCUGUACCCUUCGUAAUUGUCAUUUGUAGCAGCAACUAUUUCAGCAUAUUGUUUAUUACGCCACUUACACGUGUUUUUUUUUUUUUUUUACAAGAUUAAAAUUUAGUUUCAGGUAAACUGACAAAGAACAUCGUGAGUCAAGCAUAAGGUAUUAUUGUAAGUUGAGAUGUGAUCGCAGUCAUCACUGAUAAUUCCAGGAGUCUAAAAAGUCUAUGGGUCCAGAUAGCUAUGAAAAUGCUAAAAUAGACCACCUUGGAGGAAACUGCUGCCUCCAUUAAACCUUCCUAAAUCACUCUUUAGGAAGCACAGAAAGUUCUAUGAGAAAUACGACUUGAAUUUUUUUUUUUUUUUUUUUUUUUUUAUAUACUAAGGUAUUGUUAACUCCGAAGGAUGUAAGGCAUUAAUACAGAUGAGCUCGCCAUGCUGUACUUGCUUUCAGUGUGUCAGCGAUUGUAAACUACACUGUAGACAUUGCCCCUGUUUUGAGAACUGCCGGGACUCGUGAAUCAAAGCUUCCAGACAUGUCUGCUAAGCUCCUAUAUUAGCUGUGCUUACUACUGACCCGCUCCCGAUUCCUUGUGCUGUAUGUGUUUCUGGCCUACGAGGUUACAUCUGUUAUUUAUCAGUUGUGGUUGUUUUAUCCUUCGUCCAUGCCAAAUGUUAAUUGCCAAGCUUGGAGUGACCUAAAGCAUUUUUCAAAAGCAUGACCAGAUUUAACUGAAGAUAAUAUUUCUGCAAACCAAAUCUGAAAAGCCACAGAUGUCAGUUGUUACAAAAUGACAUGCUGCCAUUCUUGACUGGUACUUGGAUGCAAUGGAACUGUGCUCUAUUACAUGUGAAAAAUCUCAAUAAAGUCUAUGUAUCAGUAGUAAAGGUUUCAAUAUUUAUUAAGCCAAUGGUAAAAGAGCUCAUUUGUAUUAAUGCCUUACAUUCUUCGGAGUUAUCAACAAUAUCUUAGUAUAAAAAAAUAAAUUCAAGUCGUAUUUCUCAUAGAACUGUUGGUGCAUCCUAAAGAGUGACAAAUGGGUUUAAUGGAGGGUUUCCUGCAAGGUGGUCUGUUUUAGCAUUUUCAUGGCUAUCUAGACCUAAAGACUGUUUAGACUCCUGGAAUUAUCAGUGAUGACUGCAGUCACAUCUCAACUUACAGUGCUAUCUUACGCCUGACUCACAAUUCACCUGGAUAAAGCUUGUAUGAUAAAAUCAACUGGUAUUCGGGAAGCAGUUUUCUAGAAAACUGGGUCUGUUGACAUUUGUCUCUUUAGAGAAAUAUUGUGAUUAUUCAAUAUAAUGGUUCUUUUACAAAUUAGUCUUUUAUUUUUUCCAUUCCAACAUCUUUUUAACAGACUGUUUCCUGGUUGCCCACUUUGUAUUUGUAACCAGGCAAAAUGGGUUAAGAGGGCAGUAUUUUUUGUUUUGUUUUGUUUCAUAAGGAAUCUUCAAAUUUUGUAAAGAAAACUCUCAUAUGAGGAAAAUGAUAGAAGUGUUUGGUGGGAAUAGAAUGGAUCUCUAUGAGUAAAUACAGGGGAUGAGUGUGAAAGAAAAAAAUUAGAGAGUUACGUUUCUAGACCUCUUCCUACACUUAAAAAGUUAAUCCAUUAGAAGAUACCCCGUCUCAUCAAAGAAGUUACAAACUGAUCAAGGACUAAUGUGGAUUUUAGAAUAUUCAAAAAUAUUAAAAAUAUUUGCGGGAGAGUCAUUAUUGAAUUCACAGAUACUGAGAAGAUUUGAAACGCAGCAAUUAACAGAAAUAUUUCAAAGAGGUUGGAGCCAUUCUACUGGGAAAACAACAAAAGAGAAAGCUCAAAUACUUGUGAAAUCUCAGAUAUUUAAGGACAUAAAAUAGGCCCAAAGGCAGUUUUCCCUAAUUCAAGGGGUCUGCAGAAGAUUUAGCAAGAAUUUUUAUAGUUUAGAACCUGAGAAAUUAAUGAAAGAGAGCUCAUUACCUGGAUUAUGAUCUUAGUAACUCAAAAGUAACUACUGGGAUACAGAAGAAUGUUUAAUUUGAACUAUUUCUGGAUCUUUUAAUUAAGGUACACUAUUUUCUGUAAAGUGCUUGGAAACAAUAAAAACUAUAAUUUGGGUAUA